CCACCACUACCAAAAAGCUCUCUUCUAACUCAGCUGCAACUUCGAAAAAGAGUAGCUUUUUCACUUUGCCUUGUCUCUUUCUUUCUUUUUUAAUCUUUCACACAACUUUUCUUUUCUUUCUGAUUUUAAAUCAACCAAAGUUCUUGUUUUCUCAGUCAUUUCUUUGAUUCAAUCUGUUCCUUUCAGUUUUCCUGAUUCUUUAGCUGAUUCUUGAGCUCAUAAGUAGAAGAUUGUUGUUGAUCAAGAAAAAAAAAGACUUUUGAAUACAUUGGUACUCUGAAGAGUCAUGGAUCCUGUAAAGCCAGAGGAGAUAAGCCAUCCACCAAUGGAUCAGCUUCAGGGUUUAGAGUACUGUAUUGACUCAAACCCGCCAUGGGGAGAAGCCAUAGCUCUAGGUUUCGAGCAUUACAUUUUGGCUUUAGGAACUGCAGUGAUGAUACCUUCAAUUCUUGUUCCUAUGAUGGGUGGAGAUGAUGGUGAUAAAGUGAGAGUUGUUCAGACACUACUGUUCCUUCAAGGUGUUAACACUCUCCUUCAAACAUUAUUUGGAACUCGUCUUCCAGCUGUGAUCGGAGGCUCUUAUGCAUUCAUGGUUCCGAUCAUUUCAAUCAUCAAAGACUCUUCUUUGACCCGUAUCGAAGAUCCACAAAUGAGAUUUCUAAGUACAAUGAGAGCAGUACAAGGCGCAAUCAUAGUUGCAUCCAGCGUUCAAAUCAUCCUUGGUUUCAGCCAGAUGUGGGGAAUCUGUUCAAGAUUCUUUAGUCCUGUUGGUAUGGUUCCUGUGAUUGCUUUAACUGGUUUUGGACUCUUCAAUAGAGGAUUCCCAGUGGUUGGUAAUUGUGUUGAGAUAGGGAUCCCCAUGCUUAUCCUCUUUGUCAUCUUCUCUCAGUAUCUGAAGAACUUUCAGUUCAGACAAUUCCCAGUAGUGGAGAGGUUUGCUUUUAUUAUAGCGCUUAUCAUAGUGUGGGCUUACGCACAUCUCUUGACAGCCAGUGGGGCUUACAAACACCGACCACACCAGACACAAGUAAACUGCAGAACCGAUAUGUCUAACCUCAUUUCUUCUGCUCCUUGGAUCAAGAUUCCUUAUCCACUUCAAUGGGGAGCACCUAGCUUUGAUGCUGGUCAUGCUUUUGCUAUGAUGGCCGCUGUUUUUGUCUCACUUAUUGAGUCAACUGGAGCUUUCAAAGCCGCUGCAAGACUGGCGAGUGCCACGCCGCCUCCACCUCAUGUUCUGAGCCGUGGAAUUGGCUGGCAAGGCAUUGGGAUCCUCUUAAACGGUUUAUUUGGAACACUAAGUGGUUCAAGUGUAUCUGUAGAGAACAUUGGAUUACUAGGAAGUACCCGAGUUGGAAGCCGCAGAGUGAUCCAAAUCUCAGCAGGGUUCAUGAUAUUCUUCUCAAUGCUAGGCAAAUUUGGAGCACUGUUCGCUUCAAUACCUUUCACGAUAUUUGCAGCUGUGUACUGCGUCUUGUUUGGUCUUGUUGCUUCCGUUGGACUCUCUUUUCUGCAGUUCACAAACAUGAACUCCCUGAGGAAUCUCUUCAUCGUCGGUGUGUCUCUAUUCUUAGGACUAUCAAUCCCAGAAUACUUCAGAGACUUCACCAUGCAAGCGUUACAUGGUCCAGCUCACACCAAUGCUGGUUGGUUCAAUGAUUUCUUGAACACAAUCUUCUCGUCUUCACCUAUGGUCGCGUUGAUGGUGGCAGUGUUCUUGGACAACACUCUGGAUUAUAAAGAUACCGCGAGAGACAGAGGGUUGCCUUGGUGGGCAAAGUUCAGAACUUUCAAAGGAGAUAGCAGGAAUGAGGAGUUCUACACUCUCCCUUUCAACCUCAACCGUUUCUUCCCUCCUUCAUAGAUUGUUUUACUUGUACUCAGAAUUGUUUUAUUUGUGUGUGACUUAUCAUCACCCAAUUUUUAUUUAAUCUAUAAGAAUCAUUCUUUUUUUUUC